AUGGCGAGCCUGGACGACGGCCUGGCGGUGCCCGUGUGGCUGGCGGAGGACGACCUGGGCUGCAUCAUCUGCCAGGGGCUGCUGGCCUGGCCCGUCACGCUGCCCUGCGGCCACAGCUUCUGCCGGGCCUGCCUGCAGGGCCUGUGGGGCGGGCGCCGCCGCUGGUCCUGCCCCACCUGCCGCGAGGGCGCGGCGCAGCCGCUGCGGCUGCGGAAGAACACGCUCCUGCAGGACCUGGCGGACAAGUACAGCCGCGCGGCCGGCCAGCUGCAGGCCCCCGCGGCCGGGCCCGCGCCCCCCGCCCCCCGGCCCGCCCCCCGGCCGGCCCCCGGGCCCCCGCGCCCCGCCGCCGCCGCACAACCCCGGGCGGUGGCACCGCAGAGCAUCCCAGAAGCUGGUCGGGAGCUGGCAGAGCUGGUGGAGCGGCUUGUAGACAUCGUCAGGAGCCUUCAGAAGCAGAGGCACCUCCCAGAAUCUGGGCCGCAGAACAAGCUGAACAUCCUGGGCAUGGCUUUUUCUGGUGGGGUGGACCAUUCCUUGACGUCUCCAAAGCUAGCAACUUCCAACAGAGCUGAGGAAAAAAUGAGAGACAUUCUGCAUGACCUCGAAGACAUCCGGGGGAAAUUGCAAGAAAGCUUCACAUUGCAAGAAAGCUUCCCGGGGAAAGAGUUGCGUGAAGAACAGAGGCAGGUUAAACCCCCGGAAGAUCUGUCUUCCUCCGCAUGCCCACGGACUGACCAGAGCCUCCUUGCAUCCAGGUUUGUUCAAUGGGCUAUCAGUCCAACCUUUGACCUGGGGACCCUGUCCUGUAGCCUGGAGGUGUCGGAGGAUCGCAGGAAGGUGACUGUAUGUCACAUCCCACAGCUUUAUGCCUGGAGUCACGACAGGUUUACGACCUGCCAGGUCUUAUGCUCCCAAGCCUUCUCGUCUGGGCAGCACUACUGGGAAGUGGACACUCAGCAGUGCAGCCACUGGGCAGUUGGCGUGGCUUCCUGGGGGAUGAGCCGAGACCAGAUCCUGGGGAGGACCAGGGACUCCUGGUGCGUGGAGUGGAAGGGGACCAGCCAGCUCUCCAUGUGGCACAUGGUCAAGGAAACUGUCCUCGGCGCAGAAAAACCGAGGGUGGUGGGCAUCUGGCUGGACCUGGAGCGGGGGAAGCUUGCCUUCUACUCAGUGGCUAAUCAGGAGACACUCCUGGGCGAGUGCCCAGUCUCCGCCUCCUCGACCCUGCACCCUGCCUUCUGGCUCUAUGGUUUACAUCCCGGAAACUCGCUGACCAUCAGGCCAGUAAAGGCAUAA